CCGGGCACCGCCCUGUCCCAGGCUCCUUUGCGGGUAAACAGACAUGGCCGACGAGGAAGAUCACCGGGACGCUGCGCACAACAUGGGCAACCACCUGCCGCUCCUGGCUGCAGAGAGUGAAGAUGAAGAAGAUGAAAUUGAAAUGGAAGUAGAAGACCAGGAUAGUAAAGAAGCCAGAAAACCAAAUAUCAUAAACUUUGACACCAGCCUUCCAACCUCACAUACAUACCUGGGAUCCGAUAUGGAAGAGUUCCAUGGUAGAACUUUACAUGAUGAUGACAGCUGUCAGGUGAUCCCAGUCCUCCCUCAGGUGAUGCUGAUCCUGAUUCCAGGGCAGACAUUACCACUUCAGCUUUCUCACCCGCAAGAAGUCAGCAUGGUUCGGAAUUUAAUCCAGAAAGACAGAACCUUUGCAGUUCUGGCUUACAGUAAUAUUCAGGAAAGGGAAGCACAGUUUGGAACAACGGCAGAGAUAUAUGCUUAUCGUGAAGAGCAGGAGUUUGGAAUUGAAGUAGUGAAAGUGAAAGCAAUUGGAAGGCAGAGGUUCAAGGUCCUUGAACUUCGAACACAAUCAGAUGGAAUCCAGCAAGCUAAAGUGCAAAUUUUGCCGGAGUGUGUGUUGCCGUCAACCAUGUCUGCAGUUCAGUUAGAAUCACUUAAUAAGUGCCGGAUAUUCCCUUCAAAGCCUGUCUCCUGGGAAGAGCAGCACUCAUGUAAGUGGUGGCAGAAAUACCAGAAGAGAAAGUUUCACUGUGCAAAUCUGACUUCAUGGCCUCGCUGGCUAUAUUCAUUAUAUGAUGCGGAAACUUUAAUGGAUAGAAUUAAGAAACAGCUACGUGAAUGGGAUGAAAAUCUCAAAGAUGAUUCUCUUCCUGCAAAUCCAAUAGACUUUUCUUACAGAGUAGCUGCUUGUCUUCCUAUUGAUGACGUAUUGAGAAUUCAGCUCCUUAAAAUUGGUAGUGCUAUUCAGCGGCUUCGCUGUGAGUUAGACAUCAUGAACAAAUGUACUUCCCUUUGCUGUAAACAAUGUCAAGAAACAGAAAUAACAACCAAGAAUGAAAUAUUUAGUUUAUCCUUAUAUGGUCCAAUGGCAGCAUAUGUGAAUCCUCAUGGAUAUGUACAUGAGACACUGACUGUGUAUAAAGCUUCCAAUCUGAAUCUGAUAGGCCGGCCUUCUACAGUACACAGCUGGUUUCCUGGGUAUGCAUGGACCAUUGCCCAGUGUAAAAUUUGUGCAAGCCAUAUUGGAUGGAAAUUUACAGCCACCAAAAAAGACAUGUCACCUCAAAAAUUUUGGGGCCUAACUCGUUCUGCUCUGUUACCCACAAUUCCAGAGACUGAAGAUGAAAUAAGCCCAGAUAAAGUAAUACUUUGUUUGUAAGUGCACCUGUCAGGGUAACUUCCUAAGAGAUGGUUUCUCAAGUCAGAUCUGCGCCGGACAGCACUGCCUCUCAUGUCUGUGUACAGUGGGUUAAAGCCUUUGACUACCAAGUUCACAGCAACUUGUGAAAAAAGCAGUAUAAAACACAAGGCUGGAUUCAGAAGCAUCUGGUUUUAGUAGCUGGAUGCCAUUAAUUAUCCUGUUGAAUAUAUGCCAUUGAUAGGGUAAGAAAGCACCAUUGAAGUACUGAGAAUGGCUAUGAACAGGAUAGGAUGGAUAGAGGCACCACUGCUCUAAUGAUGAAUGUUCCAGAAGCUGGGUUGGCAAGGCAGUGUAUAUUAUUUUUAACUUUCAGUUUUCUUUAGCUUGUCUGAGAUGCUGAUUUGUAAAUUUUGGAAAUAUUAAAGAGUAAAAUAAGCAGUUUGAGCAGAAAAAAA